AAUUUAGAUAACACACUGUGAACGGAAUUGCAAACUAGUACAACGCAGCGUCGAUUCGUGAAAGUUGCCGUGUAAUCUAUAGAUCAUCAGAUUUCACACGCGCAUGUACGAUAAUAAAAAAUUAUUUUCAUCGAGUUUCGAACGUUUCGAAGAAGAAUUUCUCUGUGAAUUGACUGAUGCGUGGACGUAUAAACGUUUCGAAGGAUAUUUGAUUGAAGAAGUAUUACAUAGCAGAAGGAGGAUGGGAAAGUAAACUCAGGUGAAGAAAUUCUCGGAGCGGUAAAUUCAAACGUGGAUGAAUCCAAGAUCGAUUCAAUCUCAUCAACUUCACGCAAUUGAAACGCAAUUGAAGAUGGAAGCGAAUAAUUUGUGAAAGAACAUACUGAAAUUAAAAUACAUAAAGACGAUAUACGAUUGGCGAUAUACAUAUAUAAGAAAGAACGUUGUUAAAAUUAAGUCGAAUCUUGUUUAAGAAGAUUAAAAGACUUCCAUCAUUCGCUCGUGGCAACGAGGUUCUGAGAUUGCUCAUCUUUGUAAAAUUGUUAAGAAAAAUCAAGAGAUUAAAUAUUACGUAUGAAAAUCAAAUUAAAUUUACAAAGGUCGGCGAAAGGACGUUAUUGAAAUUAAAUUUCAUCUUUUCUAAGACAUUUCUCACGCGGAUCACGUUUAUUCGCGAUAAUAACGUUCUAACGUUCGCGCGUGAUAAAAUGUGAUAACCUAGGUCGAUGAAUUUUUCAUCGUUUGUCAACCAGUUUUGUAUACGUUGCUACAAAUAUAGUCAGUAAUUCGACGAUACAAGUUAUUUAUAAAAAGUCAGCAAAUAGAAGUAGAUCUCCCUUGAAACUGACUGGUUCAGUCCUAAUUCGAUAAGUCUCCCGGCAAAAAAAAGAUUGUGUCGAACAUGUACAAAAGUCUUUCGAGUGUCUCGUGGAGUACAUCCAACUUGUUAAAACCUUGGACGUUCGGUUGGAUGAGGGCAAGGAUGGGAUCCUGCCAGAAAGACGUAGAAAUGGUGGCACCUAAAGAGGAGGUGAUCAGAUUUAUAUCCGAGAGCCUGUGCAAGGUUGGAGUAUCGUGCGAGGAUGGCUAUGUCGUCGGUCAUCAUUUGAUGACCGCUGACUAUCGUGGCCAUUUUAGUCAUGGGAUGAACAGAAUGUCAAUGUACGUGCAGGAUAUUAAGGAUGGGAUGGCCGAUCCAUGCGCGAAGCCACAGAUUGUUACCGAUUAUCAGGCAGUAGCAUUGGUCGACGGCAACAACGGCCUAGGCCAGGUGAUCGGUAAAUUCUGCAUGGAACUAGCAAUGAAGAAGGCUAAGAAAUUCGGUAUCGGGAUGGUCUCAGCUCGUGGUUCCAAUCAUUACGGCAUCUGCAGUUACUAUGCGAAAAUGGCCAUCAAACAAGAUCUCAUAGGCUUCACCUGUACCAACACCAGCCCUUUAAUGGCCCCGACUCGUAGCAAAGUGUCAGCUUUAGGCACGAAUGCAAUGGGUCUGGGAAUGGGGGGAUUAGACGACGAUGAGUACCUGUUGGACAUGGCCACGACAGGUGUUGCUUUGGGGAAGAUCGAGCUGGCGAUCAGAAAGAAGGAACCGAUUCCCGAAGGCUGGGCGCUUGGAAUGGACGGCAAAGUAACCACGGACGCCGAAGAAGCGUUCAAAGCUGCCCGUUUGUUGCCUCUUGGCGGAGUGGAGAUAACUAGGGGCUACAAAGGUUAUGGAUUGAGCCUGAUGGUCGAAGUUCUUUGUGGAAUUCUAUCUGGGAGUGAAUUCGGUCCUAAUAUCAGACAUUGGAAGACCAAGGAAAAGAUUGCUAAUCUUGGUCAUUGCUUCAUGGCCAUAAAUCCGCAAGUUUUUGGCUGUGGAUCGAAGGAGAGAUUGAGUCAGUUGUUGAAACAGCUGAGAAAUUUGCCUGCCGUGGACAAGGACAAGCCUGUUUUGAUUCCUGGGGAUCCGGAGAACCAAGCGAUGGAACGAGUGGAUAGAGAGGGUGGCAUUACGUAUCAUCCCAAUCAGAUAAAGGCGUGCGAAGAAUUUGCAAAAGAUAUGGGAAUUGAACCUUUGAAACUUGUUCCCAAAAAUGUUACUUAGAGGUUAAUUAGGAAGUUAGUUCUACUGAGUCUACUGAGUAUUUGGAUUUUUAAAGAGUUGUCUUUAAAUGGAUUUUAGUUGAAUUUUUUAAACAUAUUUACAUUUGCUGAUUUGAUAGACAUUUAUUCCGUGUUAUCGAUAUUAUGCGAGGGUGAUUGGGUAAUUAUAAAAUAACAAGAGAACUUUUCAGUCAAACGUGUGUUUUACAACAUAUCUGGUGGCAUUUUUGUGUCAAGCUUCAGGUUUUUAUUACAUUAUUAGAGAAAAAUAUCUUCUGUUAAGAAGACCGCCAUGUAUGCACUGCUUCCUUCAAUUCUUUAUUCUGUUUUAUCUUCAUGUGUGACACUUGUGACAACUUUUGAACUUACCUAUCCACUUAUCCGUCCACGUUAUCGAAGAAAAACAUUAUUCUCAUAUUAUAUUGAGUACAACUAUAUAAAUAUAUUUAGUAUAUUAAAUAUAUAAAU